AUGUCUCCAGCCGCCGCAGUCGCUACCGCGCCAAGCGGCCAGCACGCCGCGCCGGCGGCAGGAGACCUCCGUCCGGAGAGUUCCGCUCCUUCCUCAGCUCGCGUCGCCGUCACCACGCAGAAUGCGGGGUCUUCCGCUUCUCCCUCUUCGGCCUCUUCCUCGCUCUGGCCGCCUCUGGUGGUCGCUGCCGACCUCCCUUCGGGCGCCCACCCGGAGCGAUGCCACAGCGUGUGCUGCUCAGACUCUCACGUCUUCGUGGGGGGCGGGAGCAUCUCGGGGACGAUCUGCGUCUGGAAGAUCCCGCCGCACGCGCUGAAGGCCUUCGCAGAGCGCAUGCAGGACUUCGAGAAGGCCCUCGUCGCCCAGAAGGAGAACGGCGGCCCUAAACCCGCUUUCCCGACGUCGCUGCUGCCCCCAACGCGCGGCGAUGAGAGUGCCUGGGAAUUCGUAGGCGUAUUCGCGCAGAUGGCGUUGCCCGUCGUUCAGGUGAAGCUGAACUGCACCAAGGACAGACUCGCCGCCGUCACACAAGCCGGGAUUUGCUACAUUUGGGACGUGAGUCCUGCCGCCCUGGCGUCUCUAUCCCAGCGCCUUCCGCCGCAAAUGUCUCUCGCUCCCUUCGCCUCGUUGAGCUCCUCCUCUUCGCUGCCUUCCUGGCUCGCGAACGUGUUCGCGACGCCCGCCGUCUCGCCGACGUCGGGUCUGGCGGCGUCUCCGUCCUCUGCGUCGCCUUCGCUGCCUGCGUCGGUCAGCUCGCUUCUGCGCGUGACGCCCAAGCCCCUUGCCGUCCUCGGCGGCGCAGACACGCCCGCUAACGUGAGCUGCGUCGAGUUCCUCCCUGACGGUGUCAUGGUCGCGGCGGGGAGCGGCCUGCCGCUCUCUGUGGACGUCCUAGGGCGCGAAAAGGCCUCUGCGCCUCGCGCGCCGCUCGGCCUUUACCACUGCGAGAGCGGGCAACGACUUGCAGAGUUUCCCUCUCUGCUUUUCUCGCCGUCGCGGUCGGCGCAUCCUUCGCACGCCUCGCGCGCGCCGCUUCUCCUCUCGAGUAUCUCCACCGUCGCCAUGGAUCCGCACCGAUUUCCGCAGCCUCUCCCGAGCUCGCAAGCCGCCUCUCAGCCACAGGGCACCCCGCCCUCUUCGGCCCGCUGGAUCGCGGCGGGCGACGGCGCGUGCGGCUGUAUCGCGCUCAUUCUGAUUCCCGACGAGCUGAUGAUUCACCUGCGCCGCCAGCACGAGGCGCACCUGCACGCGUGGGACCAGAAGGAGACACUGCGGCUCUCGCUCAAGGCCCUGCGGCGCCGGCGGGACGAAGCCGCCGCGGCUGCAGAGACUGCUUGCCAGGAGCCGCAGGGAGACGCCGGCGGUGGAGCCCAGCGCCCGGACGGUGACGUCGUGGCGGCGGAGAAGGACCGAGAAAAACAGAGACUCAAGGCCGCAGCCGAGGAGGCCGAGCGCGCCUACCAAGAGGCCCGCGCGAAAGCCGCCGCCGGAGGCGAGAGUCUGAAGGACAAGGAAGGAGACGAAGACGGCGAUGACGGGAAAAGGCCUGCGCCGCAUGUGCAUCCCGCCUUCCUGCAGAACCUCGCGACGGUCGUCGUCCAACUCAGCGAGGCCGCUCCCGUGGAGAUGACGUCGCUGGCUUGGCGACCACGUCGACAGGGCCACCGCGGGCCGCUGCACCUCUGCGUGGGGUGUGUGGACGGUUUCGUGCGGCUCGUUCAACUCAACCCUGUCCUCCUCCCUUCGUCUUCGGCGCCAGCGCCUCUACCCACGCUUCAGAUGCGCAGCAUCGUCCUCUGCAAAGUCGCCAGCGGCACUGGCGUCGCCGACGUCCGCUCGCUUCUCUGUCUCCGUCCCUUCUCUCGUCGCGGCCACCUGACGGUCGCUGCGUGCAACACGUUUGGCUUCCCGUCUUCGUUCGCUUCGGCCUUCUGCUCUUCGCGCGCGGAUCUUUCCGCCUCGCUCGCGGCUCCGCUGGGGGGCUCUGCCGAGAAGGAGACAGAGGCAGGGGCCAACUCGCCCGCGGAUUUGUAUCAGGUGAAGUGCGUGACGGGACUCGGCGAGGCGGGCGACGAAAUAGCCUCGUGCGUCCACGCGCACUCCGACUUUGUGUGCGGCGUGGCGGCGUCGGCCUGCGGCGUCUUCGUCGUCUCGUUGGCCGCAGACAAGUCCCUCUGUCUCUACGUUCGCACGGAGGCCGCGGCUGAGCAACUGAGGCGCGAGGAGGCGCGGCGAAUACUCGACGAAGAGAACAAGCUAAAGCGCGCGCGCGAAGAAGAGGAGGCGCGAAAGAACGGCGAGGAGGAACGGCGACGGGCUGAGGCGGCGGAGGCGGAGAGGCGGAGGCUUGAAGAAGAGGAGCUUGCAGGAGCCGCCGGAGACCAGGCGAUGCCCUACGCAGAGAGAACGGAGGAACUGGCGAAGAGCGAAGAAGUUGCCGAGAAGGGGGCGGAGGCGACCUCAGCAAAGAAAAUCAAAGGCAGUGACUGUUUCAGUGAAAAUGAAGCCCAGGAGCCGGAAGCAGGCGACGAUGACGACCUCUUCGGAGAUGAAUGA